AUGCUGAACACGGCGCAUUUCGCACGGCUCGCGCACGGGGCACGCGCGGUGCCGACCAGCACGGUCGUGCCGCUUGCACAGCGUGCUUUUACCUCGUCUACAGCGCCCCAACUCGCUCUCGGGACGGCGGCCGCGGCCGGUGGCGCCACGGGCCGCCCACCGAUCCAGGUAUCGACGCUGCCGAACAAGGUGCGCGUCGCCACUGAGCCGAUGCCGGGCCACUUUUCGGCGGUGGGUGUGUACGUCGAUACCGGUUCGCGCUUCGAGCGGACGUGGGUGCCCGGUGAGAGUGGCGUGAGCCACCUGCUGGACCGCAUGGCUUUCAAGGCCACGGCCAAGCAUAGCGCGUCGGAUAUGGAGCAGUUGAUCCAGUCGGUCGGCGGCAACGUGAUGUGCUCGUCAUCGCGCGAAACGAUCAUGUACCAAUCGUCAGUCUUUAACCAGGAUGUGCCAACGAUCCUGUCGAUCUUUGCCGACACCAUCCAGAACCCCCUGCUCGAGUCGGAGGAGCUCGCGAUCCAGCGCGAGGCGGCCGCGUGGGAGGUCACGGAGAUCUGGAACAAGCCCGAGAUGAUCCUCCCCGAGCUCGUGCACGCCACCGCGUACAUGAACAACACGCUGGGCAACCCUCUGCUGUGCCCGAUGGAGAACCUGCAGGUGAUGACCACCGAGAACUUGCGCACCUUUAUGGAUGCGUGGUACCGUCCUGAUCGCAUCGUGGUGGCCGGUGCAGGUAUGCCGCACGAGCAGCUCGUCGAACUGAGCCAAAAGCUCUUUGGCCACAUGAAGGCGCCGCUGCCCGGCACGCCCGGCGCCGACCCUGUCUUUGCGCAGCUCGCCAAGGAGCCCGCACAGUACACCGGCGGCGAACUAUACCUGAGCAAGCCCGAGCUGGAGUUUACGCACGUCUAUGUGGCCUACGAGGGUCUGUCGAUCCACGACGACGACAUCUACACCCUGGCUACGAUGCAGAUGCUGCUUGGUGGUGGUGGCAGCUUCUCGGCAGGCGGCCCCGGCAAGGGCAUGUACUCCCGCCUCUAUACCAAUGUGCUGAACCAGUACCACGGUGUGGACCACUGCGCCGCCUUCCAUCACUGCUACGCCGACUCGGGCCUGUUUGGCAUCUCGGCGAGCGUGCACCCCAGCUUUGCGCCGAGCAUCCCCUAUAUUAUUGCGCGCGAGCUCGAGCUGUGCACUGCUGGCGACUACCACGGUAGUGUGACACAGCUCGAGCUGGACCGCGCCAAAAACCAGCUCAAGAGCAGCCUCGUGAUGGCGCUCGAGAGCCGCCUGGUCGAGGUCGAGGACCUCGGCCGCCAGGUCCAGGUGCACGGCCGCAAGGUGUCAGUCGACGAGAUGUGCGAGAUGAUCGACCGCGUCGACCUGCCCACGCUGCACCGCGUCGCAUCGCGUGUGCUCAUGACCAGCAAGCCGGCGACUGUCGUGGUCCAGGGGCAGAUGGACGGUAUGGAGGAUGUGCGCAAGCUGCUCGCCUCGCGCGGCAUGGGUUCUGUGUAG